ACCCGUUGCACAUUUGUUGUUGCCGUUGGCCCGUUCGCUGGUUAUUCUUUUUGUUGUUUUUUUUUCUGGUUGUUUUGAUUGUUGUUGUUGUUAGUGUGUUUUGCGUUUGUUUACGCAUUGACGCUGGUCAUCGCUGGUCAUUGCAAUGUCUGUUAACCAUGGCUACGACCGCAAGUAUUUGCGCAGCAUUGAAGGCCUGUCCAAGAUCACCUGCCUGCUUUGCGGCUUCGUUGGAUUCCUGUGCAUCGCCUGCAGCUCGGUGCGGUUGAGCAACUUUCGGGGCUGCUUUUAUAUGAUCGUUGCACUGCUUGGUUUUGUAACGACGCUGGCGUUGCUCGUGCCUCGUUGCCUGCGUCUCGGCCAGGGCUGGCGACUCGACGCGACGCGCUGGUCGCUCUCCGUGCACGCAGCCCUCGCUCUCUCGCACUUCAUUGCCUCCGGCUUGGUGCUCUCGUUGGAUAUUGGAGCCUAUACAGCGGCAGCGUUCUUUGGCCUGACGAUAUUCAGCAUCAACGCCCUGGAGGCCUAUGGCAGUUAUCGACGCUGUCGGCAGCGCGAUGUUGCCACCCAAACAGUUUAAAGUUUAAACUACAACACAACUCUUGUCCUAAGCUAGUGUCAAUACUGACUGUGUAUGCGUGUGUGUGUGUAUGGAUGUGUGUAUUAGUAUUAAUAAAGUCUGAGUUUUGCUAGUUAAGCCAAAAAGUCACAAAAAC